AUGGAUUAUCAAAGGUACCCGUCGGCACUGUUCGACUACCCAAAGAGCCUUGCAUAUUCGUCACCUUACGGGGUCGACUACAUCCCAUCUCCCACGGGUUCUCACCAUGCAGUCUCUCCGACAGUGUCGAACGGGGACGGCUGCGGCGGUCCAAACCGGAGAAGGAGGGGUAAUCUACCCAAACAUAUUACCGACUACCUAAAGAAUUGGUUUCUGGCACAUUUGGAUCAUCCUUACCCUACCGAGGAUGAGAAACAACAGUUCGUCCAUGACACACAGCUAACCCUUGCUCAGAUCAGUAACUGGUUCAUCAACGCGAGAAGACGUCAUCUUCCGACAUGGCGGCACCAAGCUCAGGAAAACAGCCGCAGGGCGGCACAGGCUUCAGCCGCCGAGUACGAUUCGGAACAAGGACGACGCUCGCACAAGUCUUUCGACUGA